CCGAACACAUUCUGCGGCAGUCAUUACUCGUGUGGUUCCACCCAGGAAAAGGUUAUUCCCCUGUCGUUCCUCUGCUCGAUCGCUCCUGAUUCCCUUUUUCUUCUCCCUGCCCGCUGUCGCUUCAUCCUCGCUCUCUGCUGCUCGAGUCCAAGUCGCAUUGCAUUGCCCCUCCAACUCACUGCCCCGCCAUUCUCUCCUUCGCGCAAGGGAUCAACCGAUUGACUCACCAUGUCGACGUGGGGUGAACACUUCAAGGUCACCACUUACGGUGAAUCCCACUGCCGCUCCGUCGGCUGUAUCGUCGAUGGCUGCCCUCCUGGCAUGGAGCUCACUGAGGACGAUGUCCAGCCUCAGAUGACUCGGCGACGUCCCGGCCAGAGCGCUCUGACGACCCCCCGCAACGAGAAGGACCGCGUGGAAAUCCAGUCGGGUACCGAAUUCGGCGUUACCCUGGGUACUCCCAUUGGCAUGAUGGUUCGCAAUGAGGACCAGCGCCCCAAGGACUACGGCGGUAGCACCAUGGACUUGUACCCCCGACCCAGCCAUGCCGACUUUACCUACCUGGAGAAGUACGGUGUGAAGGCCAGCAGUGGAGGUGGCCGUAGCAGCGCCCGGGAAACUAUCGGUCGUGUCGCUGCCGGUGCCAUCGCCGAAAAGUACCUGCGUCUGUCCCACGGUGUUGAGAUCGUGGCUUUUGUUUCCUCCGUCGGCAAUGAGCACCUGUUCCCCCCGACGCCGGAGCACCCCACUGCCUCGACCAACCCCGAAUACCUGAACCUCCUCGAGAAGAUCGACCGCAACAUGGUCGACUCGUUCGUCCCCACCCGUUGCCCCAACGAGGACGCCGCCGCGCGCAUGACCAAGGUGAUCGAGCAGUUCCGGGACAACCACGACAGCAUUGGCGGCACCGUGACCUGCGUGAUCCGCAACGUCCCCGUCGGUCUGGGCGAGCCCUGCUUCGACAAGCUCGAGGCGAAGAUCGCGCACGCCAUGCUCAGCAUUCCCGCCACCAAGGGCUUCGAGAUCGGCUCUGGUUUCGGCGGCUGCGAGGUGCCCGGCUCGAUCCACAACGAUCCCUUCGUGGCGUCGAACGAGCGCCUGACCACCAAGACCAACAACUCCGGCGGCAUCCAGGGUGGUAUCUCCAACGGGGCCUCGAUCUACUUCCGCGUCGCUUUCAAGCCCCCCGCCACCAUCGGCCAGGCCCAGACCACGGCCACCUACGAUCUCGAGCAGGGUAUUCUGGAGGCCAAGGGCCGUCACGACCCUUGCGUCGUGCCCCGCGCCGUCCCCAUCGUGGAGACCAUGUCCGCGCUGGUCGUCAUGGACGCCCUGAUGGCCCAGUAUGCCCGCGAAAGCGCCAAGUCCCGCCUGCCGCCGCUCCCCAAGACCAUUCCGACCCGUCCCACGAUGGGAUCGAAUGGCUCCGCGUAGAGGUCCUUUUCUCCGUUUGUUAUGGCAUUUAUGAAAAGAAACUGGCUUUGGAUUUUGCAUUUUUUUUUUCUCGUUUAUAUCUCGGGGUUUAUAAAAUAAUUUCUUUGUCCGUCUGAGCUUAUCAGAGCAUCUAUAGAAUGAAUCAUAUUCAGUAUCCAAUCUAGAGAUAAUAAAGGCUAUUGUUC